AGCAAUUAACCCACAAAUUUGCACCGCCAUUAAAAAACCUUAUCAAUUUGUCUUUGUACAAGCACCACAAUGUAAUUUAGCGACUGAACAAUUUGAAGAUAUAAUUGAAAAUAGCAAUUUGAAUGCUUUAAAAGAAACUAUGAAGAAAACUAUGAAUGAAACCACGGGAAAAAAUCACAGAGGAAUCCAUAAAAGGGAACCAUCAGAGGAACCACCAAGAAAAUUAUAA